GAUAAUUGGGGGAAAAAAAUAGUGUGGUAUCAGCGAGACUGAUCAGCUCUUUCCUAAGAUUUAAUAGAGGUUAUUCACUUGGCUUGCGCGGAGCUGCUCUCUCAACGAGUAAUACUAACAACACUGUACUGGUGAUGUUGUGUAGUGUUUACGAGCAGCAAGAUGACGGCCUGGCUGCUGGCACUGACGGUGACUAUGGUCGCUGUGCUGGGAAAUACUGUGGCGCUGGAAAAGCAUCAGCAGGGAGUACGGGAGGCGCAGCAGCAUCAUCAGGGAGUACGGGAGGCGCAGCAGCAUCAGCAGGGAGUACGGGAGGCGCAGCAGCAUCAUCAGGGAGUACGGGAGGCGCAGCAGCAUCAUCAGGGAGUACGGGAGGCGCAGCAGCAUCAGCAGGGACUACGGGAGGCGCAGCAGCAGGGAUUAUGGCCGCCCUCGGAGGGCUUGCUGCUGGGGCUUGAGGAGUGGUUCAACAGCCCUGCACAGCGAGCAGCCGAGGGCUUCCCAAGGAUGUUAACGGGCAAUGAAACCCCGUAUGACAAAUCGUCGGCUCUUAUAGCCAUGUCUGAGAAUGUUUCCGUCCUGCGCACUGCCACUGUUUAUGGGAUUGAGAGAAAGAAUUACUGGGAACCAGGGAUACCUCUCUCGGCAUUUACAUCUAUCAAAUUAUGUUAAGUUUACUAUUUUUGUUCAA